AUGCUGGUUGAUCUGGAUGAUGAUUUGGGCAAUGCGAUUGCUCAAGCAGUUGUCGACGAGUAUCGACGACCCUCUAAGCUAGAAAAUAAGACGUUGCACCAAUUUCGAAAUGCAAGGCCAAAAGAGACAGAAACGACUGUUCUAGCGGGCUUGGUCAAGAUAGAGUCUAAUAGUCGCCCCAUUGACCAAGCCAAGCGACAGAAAGUUGCCGAAAAACCCCAGCUAGAUGUAUUGGCAGUCUGUACAGGAAUGAAAGUCACGCCUGCCGCGAAAUUAGAGCACAGUCAAGGGAGAUUGGUUCACGAUUCACAUGCAGAGAUUUUAUGUUUGAGAUUAUUCAACUGGCUGGUGUUGCAAGAAAUGAAAGCUAUAAGGGAAAACAGUGGCUCCGAACUGCUUAUCCGAGGGCAUAGUACUGAACAAUAUAGAUUCAAAAACAACUCGCAGUUUGCUUUGUACAUUAGUGAAAUUCCCUGUGGAGAUGCUUCCACAGAGAAUUUACGAGACUCAGUUGCAGAUCAGACAGAUUGGCACAAUUUAGAGGAAACUGAGGGCACAUUGAGGGGUCGCAAUGGCCUGAAUAGACUGGGAAGUGUGCGGACGAAACCUGGAAGAAAAGAUUCUCCGAUCUCUUACUCUAAAUCUUGCUCCGACAAGCUGUGUCUCAAACAGUUCACCUCUAUGCUCAGCAGUCUCGUCUACGAUUUGGUGGAUGAGCCACCUUACUUGACAUUUUUAGUGCUGCCGAAACAGAAAAUCAAUAAAGCUGCAAUAGAACGUUGUUUCCGCGAUCGAAUAAAGAUGUCACGAGAGCUCUCUUCAUAUUAUCAUCCACUCACAGUUUUGGCUACAGACCUGCCAAGCCCGUUUGCUGGCAGCACGCCGUCGAAUCUAUCGAUACUCUAUUGUCCGCCUCGGUCGUAUUUACAGGUGCUGAAUAAGGGAGUCAGAAACGGAUGUCCAGCGAAGAAAAGUGUCCAAUACCAACACCAGAGCGACGUUUCAAGGCAAAAACUGGCUGAAUUAGCAACAAAGCUCACGCCUCACCAGUUUCAGGACUACCACGAGCUGAAGAGACGCGCAAGUGUAAGCGCACGCAAGAAACUAGCGCGUGAGGCUAUGGGACACUGGGGUAAAAGCAGCGAGGACAACUUCGCUCUCAAUCACGUAUGA